AUGGCCGAGGAAUUUCGCGAAUGGCCUGUAUACCCCCCUCGCCCGGGAUUACAUGGACCUCAAGUCACGCAACUCUACCGAAGUUCAGCAAAAGACACUGCAAUGGAUCCAAAAUUGGUGGAGCUACGUGCACCUUUUGUCGUAGCCAUUACAGGAUCCGGAAAAGGAGUGGGGGCCGCGAUUGCUGAGGCGUAUGCGCACGCAGGCGCUUCAGGAAUUUUGCUGAGCUCGCGGACUUUGGACGAUCUACAGAGCAUGAGAGCACAAAUCAAUACUAUCAAUGAAAAGUGUGAUGUGCAUUUCGUGGUUUGCGACGUGACAAAUGAAGAUGAACUUUCAAACUUGGCCUUGGAGUGCAAAAAUAGAUUUGGCCGUCUCGAUGUCGCUAUAAUCAAUGCUGGAGUCGGAUCGAAGAGAAUAAAGGGCCCCGAUGGAGAUCAACGCUACCCUCAGGGUAUACUAGAAGAUACUACGGCGGAUUUCUUUCAUGUCUGGAGGACGAACUUCGGUGGAGCCUACCUAACAGCAAGGGCAUUUCUUCCUUUGCUUCGUGAGACUGUCGACGGAGCGCAGGCGAUGGUCUUUAUCUCUUCCAUGGCUUCUCUUCACAAUUACACAGACCUCACUUCUGUGUCAUACAAUAUUAGCAAGCUGGCAGUCAAUCGUCUGGCAGAGCAUAUCCACGACUCGUACGCAAAGGAUGGCAUUCUUACGCACGCAAUUCAUCCGGGUUGUAUUCGAGAUACUGACGGUCACAGCUCAUCGCGCUGGCACGAUAUAAUGGUCGAUGAUAUAAGCUUACCUGGUGCUUUUUGUGUAUGGCUCACUCAGGAAAGACGUGAUUGGUUAUCUGGUCGCUACCUUAGCGCAAAUUGGGAUGUUGAAAAAUUGAUAGAGGACAAGGAGCAAAUUGUGGAUGAAGAUAAGUUCAAGGCGUACUUGAAAGUGUGA